CAUUCUACUCCAUUCGGCGCUAGCUUCACGAGUAUGGACAGCGUCGCUAGCAGCAAUGCACCAGUCACUACUAUCCCUUCGCCUCCCAUCAGUGCGGAUGACCACACCAGCUCGCCAUCAGGGCCAUCACCCGUCGCCAUUCACUCGGUCACUGCCGCCAUGACAUUAAACAACGAGGCCAUUCUUGUCGAUUGGUCCUACACACUCGCGAACAACUCGUCGCCCCGCAACAUAUCCAGUUGGUCGUGUCUCGUGCCAUUCCAAGUGCACAUGUUUACUGAUGAACUCGCCACAUCAUCUAACGUUAGCGUCGUUGCGGCGAUCGAACCGAGCAAACCCAUGCAAACUGGGCAUGUACGCAUCAACGCCUCCUCCACCAUCCCCCUUCGUUUCAACCACACAUAUACGUUCCAAAUUGUGUUCCCAUCUCUCAACACGACCACCAGUCCAACCAUGCAAGACCACAUGUGCUCAUGGGUCACCACCUCCCACUUGUCGUCGUCGUCGUUGAAUUCGACACCCCUAGUGUGGCCACUCCAAGCCAGCACCCGCAGCGACGACAGCUUGGCAACGGACAACGCCACUUCAUGGCUUCUCUUCCUCGGCGCCCUUGGCGUCCUAUUUGUCCUAUUUGUGCUUCGGUUGCUCGUGUUUCACAUGUUUCUGCGUCAGAACAACUUGGACCCGUUCGCAACCCUGCCCCCCACCGAACUUGACCUUGAACAACCAUCAUCAUCCCGUCGCCGUUUACCUCAUCGUCCGACGGGGAUCCAGAAAAACACAACGUCGCAGUCUAAACGAGCGCUCAAGUUGAUUGCGAGCGCGGCGGACAGCGGCGCCCCCCCGUCCCCCCACUUGGCCAUGCAGAUUAAACUCUACAACGGCGAGUAUCACCCCGAGGUCGAGCGCAUGGCGAAAGCGAUUGUCGCGAUUGAAAAGCAGUCGCAACUGGACCACAAAAACAGACUGCGCGACCAACUCCGCCACGCCGACGUCCUAGGCCACCAUUUGUCCUCUGCAGAGCGUCAACACACCAAACACCAAGCAUUUGUCAUCCAUUUGCACGACGGCGUCGAACUUCAGAUGUUGCACGUGCGCAAGCCAUCCGUGAAACCCAUGGUCGUGUAUGCAAACGACAAUCUCACUACGAUCAAGUGGCAGGUGGCUCGGAAACCCUCGACGAAAGAGUUUGUCAACGGGGGAGCCCACACUUUGCACUUUGUGGAUGUGCAGUCGAUCGCGCCCUGGACAAACGAGUUGCCGCCGCUGUUUGAGGCCAAGUACCGGCACUUGUUGAAAGAUGGCGCGGACGAACAUUGCUUUUACGCGGUGCUAAUCGUGUACCUUCAUGCCAAGAAACGCACGAAACAAAAGCACUUGCUGCUUCAAGCCAAAGACAUCGACGAUCAAACCCAGUUGGCGGACACGUUGGCCAAGCUGGUGGCAUCUGCCAAAAGGCGGCGGGACAGCCCAGUCACCACCCCAUUGCCCCCCGCAGCAGUAGUAGUAGCCGAGCCGACCAACAUAGUCGCUGCUACCCCAACGAUAGGCGACGAAUAAUGCGUCUAUUAUCAUGAUAAUGUAACGUGUCCCCAUCACUUGGUGACCGCACCAAGGCAGCA